GUCGGGUACGUGAAACGGUGCGGAUUUUCCGUGUUACGGUGCUUCCAUCCAAGAUGUCGGACCGAGAAACAACCAGAUGCUUCCAAGCACUGGUCAGCUCAUUUAUUGAAGAGUGUCUGUGUUGCGACUGUGGAACAAAAUACAGGACGAAGAGUGGUUUACGUAAACACCGAGUACUAAAACACUCAGAUAACCAGCCUUAUAAAUGCUGUGGUAGAGUCUAUGUUGAGCGAUCGUCUCUUGAAGUCCACCAGAGAGCACAUCAUGAUAAGAAGAAACUUGAAUGUGGAAAAUGCAAUGAAACCUUUACUAGGAAAUCAGCGCUAAACAGACAUAUGAUAAGCCAUGGAAACACUGAAAAGAAAGAAUUUACAUGCACCAUAUGUAAGCGAGACUUUUUAAGGAAAGAUGAACUUGUAGACCACAUUAAAGGUGUGCACGAAAAAGCAAAAAGGUUCAGUUACACUAUUUGUUCAAAGAAAUAUGUCUGGAGAGCAAGUCUAUGUAGACAUCUUCAAAGAGUCAUAAGUAAAUUUUCACGUGGUGAUAUGAUACAAGUUCAUACUGUAUCAAAAUGUUUUCCGUACUUUCAAAUUUUUAAGUUUCCUUUUUAUAAGUCAUGA